GAAAAUAUAUAGAGUUGCUAAACUUUUUUCCAGUUUAGAACUGUAUAGACUGCUGAAUCUAGCAUCCAUGGCCAUUUGCAUAUUUGUUUUUGUUGCUGUUCUGGGAGUUUGUCUCUUGAGUACAAUAUUGUUGAGAUGGAAUGAAAUGAGGUACGUGAGAAAAGAUUUGCCGCCAGGCUCAAUGGGUUGGCCGGUUUUCGGUGAAACUACUGAGUUUCUCAAACAAGGACCUAGCUUCAUUAAAAACCAAAGUGCAAGGUUUGGGAGUUUGUUCAAGACCCAUAUCCUGGGCUGUCCGACGAUCAUAUCGAUGGAUCCAGAGAUGAACAGAUAUAUUCUCAUGAAUGAAGCUAAAGGUUUUGUGCCAGGCUAUCCGCAAUCCAUGCUUGACAUUUUGGGAACAUACAACAUUGCUGCUGUUCAUGGUUCCGCGCACAAGAACAUGAGAGGCGCUGUGCUUGCUCUUCUUAGCCCUGCUAUGAUCAGAGAUCAGCAUCUUCCGAAGAUCGAUGAUUUCAUGAGAAAACACCUCAGCAACUGGGAUAACAAAGUCAUUGAUAUUCAACAGAAGACCAAAGAGAUGGCACUUUUGUCAUCACUAAAGCAAAUUGCUGGAAUAGAAUCUGGCUCAAUGUGCAAGGAAUUUAUGCCUGAGUUCUUCAAGCUGGUACUUGGAACUAUUUCAUUGCCAAUCAACCUUCCCAGUACAAAUUAUCGCGGUGGCGUUCAGGCAAGGCAGAGCAUAGUGAGCAUGCUGAGACAACUUAUAGAGGAGAGAAGAGCUUGCCAGGAAAUAAAAAAGGACAUGCUUGGUUAUUACAUGAGCAGUGAAGAAAAUAGAUAUAAAAUGAGUGAUGAAGAGAUCAUUGAUCAAAUUAUUACAAUUCUGUACUCUGGAUAUGAAACUAUUUCUACUACUUCAAUGAUGGCUGUCAAAUAUCUUCAUGAUCAUCCCAGAGUACUGCAAGAACUCAGAAAAGAGCAUUUGGCACUCAGAGAAAGUAAGGGGCCAGAGGAUCCGAUUAACUGGAACGAUUACAAGUCUAUGAACUUUACUCGUGCUGUAAUCUUGGAGACGUCAAGACUAGCAACAAUCGUGAAUGGCGUUCUGCGAAAAACUACUAAGGAAAUGGAACUGAAUGGUUAUGUUAUUCCAGAAGGAUGGAGAAUAUAUGUUUACACCAGAGAAACUAAUUACGACUCAAAUCUGUAUCCUGAUCCGUACUCUUUUAAUCCAUGGAGAUGGCUGAAUAAAAUCAUGGAUGCUCAAAAAUACUUGUUCAUAUUUGGGGGAGGAAGCAGGCAGUGUCCUGGAAAGGAACUGGGAAUAGCCGAAAUUUCGACGUUCCUGCAUUAUUUUGUCACCAGAUACAGAUGGGAAGAAAUUGGAGGAGAGGAGCUGGUAAAGUUUCCAAGAGUUGAAGCACCGAAAGGGCUGCAUAUUAAGAUUUCGGCAUUACCAACAGAAGAAAGAAAAUGACUUAUAAGCCAAAUAUAUGGAUUAGUCCUAAUCUAGCCUAGUAUAGUACCUGCUUUGUAUAUUAGAAAUGUAGGUUAAGCAAGAGUCGUGAAGCUGUGCUGAUGAUUCAAAAUAAGAGAAUUCAAAGUUUUGUCGUGUUGAGAC